AUGUCGGUUCUUCCUGAUCUUCACCUGUGUUAUGUGCAGGCCUGUCAAAAUUUGAACCAGCCUGAAAACCCCUUCAUUGCUCGCGUGCUUCAAGAAGCUGAUAAAAAUGAAGAAAUAAGUACAAAAGGAAUUACAUUAAAAUUAGCUGGAAAUAAUCAUCUGGUGCCUGUGCCGAGAGUUACAGACGAUGAUCUUGGAGUUCUUGUCUCUGUCUUAGGCCAAGCUGCCUUUGUCACAGGUUUGGAUCUUGCCUAUAAUUUAUUGACUGAUGCUGGAGCAAAGACCAUGGCAACAUUCCUCCAGGAAAACUCCUCUCUGCAGUAUCUGAACCUGAUGUUCAAUGACAUUGGCACAAGUGGGGCAGAGCUGAUAGCAGGAGCACUCCAUAGCAAUCAAAGUCUUGUGCACCUGAGAAUGACUGGAAACAAAAUAAGAAACCAAGGUGGGAUGUUCUUUGCCUCAAUGUUAAAAAUUAAUUCAACCUUAGAGAAGUUGGAUCUUGGAGACUGUGAUGUGGGCCUGCAGUGUCUGGUAGCAACAGCUAUAGCCCUGACUCAGAACAAAUCACUCAAAGCCAUAAACCUAAAUCGUCCUUUGCUAUCCAGCCAACAGGAAGAGACCACAGUUCAUAUAGCUCGGAUGUUGAGGAGUAAUUCUUCUCUUGUGGAACUACAUUUGAGCAAGCAUGAAAUGAAAAACUUUGGUGUAGAGCGACUGUGUGAUGCCCUGUAUGAAAACUCCAGCCUGAGAUACCUUGACCUUAGCUGUAAUAACAUAAUCUGUGAUGGUGUUAAAUUUUUGGGAGAGCUACUAAAAAAGAACCAAACCCUGGAGAUCCUGGAUCUCAGUGCAAACCGAAUAGAAGAUGUUGGAGCCAUUUACCUGAGCGAGGCCUUGGCAAUGCGGAACAGGACUCUGAAGGCGUUGUCUGUUGUAAGCAAUAAUAUAACUGGCAAAGGACUUGUAGCUCUUGCACAGGCAAUGCAUUCCAACAUGACACUUUCCCAUAUUUACAUCUGGGGGAACAAACUUGAUAGAAGCACCUGUGUGGCAUUCUCGGAGCUGAUCAUGGUGGGCCGGCUGCAGCUGGACUGCACAGACGUGGCUCCCUACGAGGUGGACGGGCAGCUUCUCCUGGCAGAGCUGUCCCACGGGCUGGCCAAGCACCGCUACUGGAGCCCGCGCUCCGCCACCGUGGCCCCCGGCGCCGCCAACGCCAGCCUGGAAAUCGUCGCGGUCUCGGAGUAUUUGUGA